AAUGCUACAUGUAUGUGCAAAGCAAAUCUCUAGACGAUUUGAAAAAAAAUUUCAAUUUUCAAUGUCACUGAAAUUCGUUAACUUAUCUAAUCAUGUGGAUACCCGAAUAUAGAAAAGAUAAUUUUUAUUGAUCAUCUAUAUAAGAUUGGAAGUGUGUUGACUUUAGGAAGAAUUAUGACGCAGAAAUCACAACACAGGAAAGCACCGAAGGAGUCCCAUAUCUGGGUAAGGAACCAGAUUAUAGUCGGUAUCAUCCUCAGCAUCGGGAUGUGCCUGGGUGCCUACCACUUCCUUCCUAUACAGAUAUCAGACAUCAAGUCACCGGCCGACAGGCUUGUGUUGGCCGUCCGCUGUAUUUUCAUAUCUACGAUUCCAGUUUUUGCACUCUUUAAAAGCGUUGCAGAUACUCGUUUCUUCACCAGAGCGAUCGACCCCGUAAAAGGUGGCGGAGAGGACAUGGUGGAUGUUCCGAACAGGAUCCUUCGGAACACAACUGAGCAGUUCCUGCUUCAUGCCGUUGGUCUGUUGACACUCAGUACGUUUCUGGACGAGGCGUCUUUAAAGAUCCUUCCGAUCUUGUCGUGCGAUUUCGUGAUAUUCAGGAUGCUGUUUUGGUGGGGAUAUCUGAAUGCUCCACUCAACAGAGCUGUUGGCAUGAGUGGAACAGCGAGUACUACGAUUUGUGUUUAUGCUUAUUGUAUGUAUUGUAUUUUAAAACCUGUUUUUAUUAGUUUUAUUGGAUAACGAAAUUAAUAUAAAAUGUAUAAGCACUUUUUUCUGCAAUUCAACUUUGCAAGUUGAUUUUACCUGCUACACGUUUGCUGGAAUUUCCUAUUAAAUGAUGUGAUUCGUAUA